AUGUCUCAAACCGCUAACCUCGAGUGCCUGCAGUGCAGGGCACCCCCUACCAAAACCUGCCUUGCAAACCACUACGUCCGAGAGCUCCCGCAAACCGUGACAAUGUCAGAUCUUUUCGUCUCAGGCGGCGCAGCCCCAGCGGCGGGCCUCGACGGAUUGAACAUCGAUCAUGUCCUUGCCGAGCCAAUUGACUGGGAUGCGUUCCAAAGUCUGGCAGAUGAGCUCAUGGACUUGGCAAGCAUGACUGCGAAAGACAAGGCCUUCUUAGGAAGCAUGAUGAACCCCAUCGCGCUUAGUGAUGACGAGGAUACGGAUGGCAUAGUGAAGAUCAAGCCAGCAUCUGCAACCAACCCCGUUGUGUUCAUUGAUGACGGGGAUAUGGAUGUCGAUAUCAAGCCUGAGCCAUCGUCUCCGAGUGACCACGUUGUGUUCAUUGAUGACAAGGAUACUGCUAACAAGCCCCAGGCUUCUACUCGUCAACCACGCCGUCUACCGCCCGUGGUCUCCGUGGCAAACCCUCGUCCUAACCCUCGUGCUAACCCCCGUCCCAUCCCUCAGCCCCUAAGCAUAGACUACCAGCCGUACAAGCGCCCUAGCGCCCCGGCCCCGGCCCCUCAGCCCCCAAGGGCUUGCGGCAGCACCCCGCAUCUAGCGCAGCAACUCUCCGCAGCGCGCGAAGAGCUCACCGCCUCGCGAGCAAUGAUCACAGAAAUGAAAAAGACGAUCGCGAAGCAGGACAAGGCUCAGAAGGAGCGGGUGCGCAAGCUGAUGGAGGCCGUGGGGGUGCAGAACCUCGCAGAGCAAAACAGGCAGAAGGAGCUCGAGGCCGUGCGGCAGCAGCUCAGCGCUUGCCGCGACUGCUACCACCAGGAGCGCUUGCGGACCCGCGGUGCUCAGAAUACGGCGGCGUAUGCGCGCGCGAGGGCGCUGAAGGCUGAGCGGGAGGCGGCGAGGUGUGAGGAGAUGGCGGUGAGGUGUGAGGAGAAGUCGGCGAGGUAUGAGCAGGAGUGGAAUAAGAUGGAGUAUCAGGUUAGGGCGCUGCAGGUGCAGUUGAAGAUUGCGAGGUCGGAGCGCGCGCGGUUAGCGGGGCUUUUGGGGUUGAGUUUCAGCAAGCAUAAUAGUACCAGAGUCAGAGCAUUCCAAUACAAUGAGUAG